AUCACUCUCCUAUUCCCCUCUCAAUUCUUGCUGGCAAACAACACUCUCGUCUUCUUCUUCCUCCUCCAAAUUUCCCUUAAACCCUAUCCCCUACCGCCCAAUUUCAACAAAUCACCAACUAUCCACCAAAAUCAUGAUUCUUGAACAAUUCCCACUUUCAAUCUUCCUUCUUACCCUCUUCGUCUUCUCAAUUCAACCCCAUUUCUGCCUUUCAGCUUCGCAAGAAUCGCCAACUAUCUACCAAAUCCUCAAAUCGAAUGGAUUGCCCAUGGGUUUGUUCCCAAAAGGCGUCACCAACUUCAGCUUCGAUGAUUCCGGCCGAUUCCAGGUCUACUUGGAUCAAGCUUGUAAUGCCAAGUUUGAAGACGAAUUGCACUAUGAUCGGAAUGUUUCCGGCAAUCUGACGUUUGGUCAGAUCGGAGAAUUGAAGGGGAUUUCAGCCAAAGAUUUGUUUUUGUGGUUUUCUGUGAAGGAAAUCUGGGUUGAUGUACCCAGUUCUGGAUUGAUUUACUUUGAUGUGGGUGUUGUUUCCAAACAGUUUUCUUUAUCUUCAUUCGAAACUCCAAGAGAUUGUUUGGCUUCCCCUGUUCCUAAGAUUCUUUCAAGAAAGCUCGAACACGAUGAACCCAAUAAUCAAGAACCAUCAAGGGAAGUCUUAUGAAAUCGAGCUUAAAAAGGGUACUUAAAAAGAUGGUUCGAAUCGGCACAAUUUCUCAAUCAAGUUAUGGGUAUUUCCAUAUCUUGUAUGUAUAUGUUUUAAAGUCCAAAAGAUGUUAGUUUAGCUGGUUCUAUGCUUCAUCGCGGGUGUGCUUUCUUUUCGAUUUUCUUUCUGUAGUAUAUGCAAACUUGUUCAAAAAUGGUUGAAAUGGAGGAGAAAUACACACGACACAAUGUAGAAGCAACCGAAAGCAAGAGAAGUGUAAGUUAUCAUGCAGGCUGGAAGCAAGGGGGAUCAUACAGGUUCUUUUUUGAUUCUUGAAUUCAUUAUGAAUAUGGACAUAAAAGUAUUUAAAGUUUUGGUUUAUAUAUAGUCUAUUUGAAGUUAUCGGUUGAAGAACUCUUAGUUCUUUUGAUCGAAGAAAUAAGAAUCAAGUUCGAUUUGGAUC